AUGAGCUCCAAAUCUCGGAAGCGGACUCACGCCGUCACGGACGAAAACCGCGCCGAUUGCCCCUUCACCGUAACCAUGGUCGCAGCCCCCAGCUCCGAAGAGCGCGACCACAUACCAAAGAGGCGAAAGCGCGACGGCGACGACGAUGGCGGCGCGGUUGUCAGCACCACCAAGAAGGAGCUGGUCCAGAUGUCGCCGUUUGAGCCGAGGGGGAAAUUCAAGUCCAACCAAUCCAUGAACCUAUCAUACGCAAUCGAGCCCCGCAAGCGAUGGCUAGACAUGACGCGCUACAACAGUUUUGUCUUAAAUGGCUACAAGUAUUGUAACGACGAUUUUGUUUACGUCGCAAACGACACAACCAUUGAGCGGCAAAAGGCGACGGGCAAGAGCUCGGACGGCGAGAACCUGCUGCAAUCGGCAGACUACUGGGUUGCGAGGAUCCUAGAAGUCAGGGCGUCAGACGAGCAUCACGUAUAUGCCCGGAUUUACUGGAUGUACUCUCCAGAUGAGUUGCCUUCUGGUACAGUGGACGGUAAAAAAUCCAUCAGCGGUCGUCAGCCAUACCACGGAAACAACGAGCUCAUAGCUUCCAACCACAUGGAUGUCAUCAACGUCGUAAGCGUCGCCAUGAAGGCAACUGUGCAUCAAUGGAUUGAAUCCGAUGACGAGGAGGUCCAGGAUGCUCUAUACUGGAGACAGGCCUUCAACUGCCGAACGUCUCAAAUCUCGUCUGUCGAGUUGACUUGCAAAUGCCAAACCCCUGCAAAUCCCGACAAGACCCUGAUCGGUUGUACGAGCCCAGACUGCGGCACUUGGCUGCACUACGAGUGCCUGCUUCAUGACGUUUUGACGCAAGUAUACGAGCGCCUUGGGACGGAUAUACCUCACAAAUCCGAGAGCCUUGCCGAGUCGCCUGUAAAGGUAGAGACCGACACGCUCCCAAUCCGCCGACCACUGACGCCGAGCGAGAACAACCAAGAAGAGCGCGCGCAAUCCGCAAUCGCCGUCAAAGGGCCCAGCCAGAAUGGCGGCGACCACACGCCUCGGACAAGGAGCAACGAGGGCACACCAAAAGCUGCCACGCAAACACCGACCCCCGGGCCACCCAACUCCUUGUCAGCAAAGACCCCGAAAUCAGCAUCCACGAAGAAAGGCCGCGGAAAGAAGACUGUGGAAGACAAGCCGUACGAGGGGCUUUUCGAAGCAAGCCUCCGAAUGAGCGACGGACCUAUGGUAUGGGAGAUUACCGACUUGAGACCCAACAUUGAGGUUGGCGAUCGCGUUUGGACGGAGCGGGCAGCAUGCCUGGUUUGCAAAAAGUUGAUUGACUGA